UGAAUGUCUUGUUUUAUUAUAAAGAUAUAGUACUGUCAAAUAUCCUAUUCUUCAAUGAUUGCUCAUAAUUUAUUUGUUCAAUGUUUAAUGUUAAUGUAUUUUUUAGAAGAAUGUAUUUUUGAUCCAUUAUGCUCCGUAUCUGUGCUCUCAAUGAGUCCGGUUCCUCCCUGGACUCUGAUGGAGAAACCCAUCAUGUCGAGACAAAGGAGGCUCAGGAGGCAAACCUACUGAAUCUGUAUACUGCAGCUCUCAAGAGUAUAGCGGCGGGGAAUAUAAGAGUUGCAAAAGCAAACUUAUCCGAGAUAAUCAGCUCCCCUGUCUUUCAGGACGGAAAAGAGGACGCACUUGCCUGUAGUUUAAGAUACAAUGUGCACAAGAAUCUAGGAGAAUGUCUCCUACAGGAGGGAAAUAUUCAGGAGGCUCAGGAUGAACUCUUAACUGCGGCAGAGAUGGAUGGUGGAGAUAUUACACUCUGGUUUAAAAUUGCAGGAACUGCUGUAAAACUGAACAACCUGUAUAUGUGCAGAUCAGCUUUGGAGCAGGGAUUAAAAUGUAACCCAAACCAUUGGCCGUCAAUUGAAAACCUUAUCACGGUCACCUUUAAGUUGGGAGAUUUCCUUGCUUGUCUUGGAUACUGUCAUCUGGCGGAGGAGAGAGAACCUGGCUCCGGAAAGGUUAUCUUAUUCAAGAGUAAGGUUUACAAGGAAAUGCCGUUUCUCCAGGAUGUGUACGAUGACAAGGACUUUGUUCCGAUCCCGACGGAGAUAGAAACCUUCCGCUCCGAGAUAAAAACAGAACCCGUUCGUGAACCCAUUGAGUUUAAUCUGGAGGAGCUAACCCUGGAAAGUUUAGCUGAAAAUAUAUUCUACCUGAAUGAACGAUGUGAUGAGAAGGGUACCUGCUUGAACCCUAUAGAAACCGCGUGCGCUGUGGACAGGUUGGAUGAAUACAAGAAGAAUGAGGAGGAAUCCAGACUGAAGGUCUCAUUACAGAACCUUGUUGAUGAGAUAAUCGAUAUUAUCGAGGAGGAGGAAGAAGUACAAGCUUUUAUUGAAGAUCUUCUGGACGAACUUCUCUGUAAUAUGUUUGGUGUUGAACCUAAGACUAUACCAGAGAAGAUAUCAGGUCAGAUUAUUAACGAAAUACUGGAAACCGUGAUGGAGUCGAAAGGAACCAAGAAGAAGAGUGUAGUAAUAGAAGCCAAGCCUCGGGUUCAAAGAAAACCGAAUCCUUUCGAUGAAAUUCCUGAUGAGUUGAUCGAGAAACGACGAAGUUCUCGAAAAUCUCGUCUUAUGGAAAGCAUAAAUUGUUCGGAUGCAUCUAAUGAUCAGAUCAAUAUUCAAACUCCUAGAGAACUAUUAAAGAGUUUCCUCCCUCCGAACCUAAAACUUGCAAAGGAAUCUAAAUCAGUUGUAAAGAGUACCCGGAGUUCUAACUCUGCUGAACCUGCCUCUAAGUCCUUGUUUACGGACGAGAAAGUAAAAAACAAAUGGUUUAGUCCUGAGCAGGAGGCGCAGGAAGUUAAUAAAUUCCUACAAGAUAAUUCUGGUAAACCUAUCUGGCAUCUCAUGCGAUCUUUUCUAGAUUUAUUAUUCAGGCUGGAUGCCCGGCUGGUCUGGCCCCAAGGUUUGGUUAAAUUCUACGGGAAAAUAUAUGAAUCCUGGAGAUCUCAUCUUGGAACACCACUGUCUGUAGAGAACCCGGAGGAGAAACUAACUCAAGAGUUUCUCCGAUAUUAUAUCCUGGGUUGUGAGUGUAUUGUCGGAUGUUUGUUGGAGGAUGAGGAGGACGAGGAUGAAGAAAGGGAACGAAUUCCUCCUCAUCUCUCCGCCCGGCUUCAUGAAGAUCUAGAAGAACUAUAUUAUAUUCUCCCUGCUCUUCCUGUUGAUCUUCAUCUUAGGAUUCAUUCUCUCCGGUUUUACUAUUUUUUCCUUGUGAAUAACGAGAAUGAAAUAUUGUAUGAGAGCGCAGAACUGACCCGUAUAUUUGACGAGAAUCCCGGGAUGGUUAUCUGUAAUUCCUUACCUCAAUAUCAGAUCGCGAGUAGGAAGUAUCUAGAGGAAUACUCUGGAGGUAUUAACAGAAACAAGGAGCUAGAGGAGCUCAACCAGUAUUAUGAAACCAAGAGAUAUUCGGAAAUAGUUACGCUUCUCCUUGGAACCUUGGAGUCGACCUGCUUUACUCCUAGUAAGGAGACCUCGAGGGUUCCAGACAAGGAAACCCAGAUUGAUAUCCUUGUAGAAAGUUUAUUCCAUGAAGGUAUGUACGUGAAAUGUUUGAAGUGGACUACUAUAGCUCUAAGUUCUACCUGGUGCCACCUAAUCGUGGACGAGGAGUCUGAGGAGGAGAGAAAACUAACCCCUGAGGACUGGACUAUUGUAGAAUCCUAUCUGAAAACAAUCGAGUGCUGUAUCAGCAACACUGCUGAUCAAAGUUUCGAGGAUUUCAGCUUCGAUACCGCGUCAAAGCUUGCGAUGAUUUUAAUUCAAAUCCUCACAAUACAAAUUGAGGAUACUCCAAGUUCGGAGCAAAGUUAUGAUUUGACUCUUCCAUGGAUUCUUCUCUAUAAAUUGAUUGUAUGGGGGGAAGAAUGUUUAGAAGAGAAGAUCAGGUUUACUAUGCCCGGUUCUCUCAACCUUCUCUGCUCUGCGCACGAUUAUCUAGGUCAGAAAUCCUGCUGCACUUCAAACAAUGGUAGACUUUUAACUUACAUUGUCGACAUUUUUAUUCCUUUGCUCAGUGGAGAAGUGCUUCCUGUGUACUCGGAGCAAAUCAAAUCCAACCUGGAGCAAGCAAUUUAUUGUCUAUUUGCUCAUCCUAGUAAGAAGACCCGUGUUAAACAUCUGGCGGACCAUAACGUCUCCCAGAUAGGUCUAACCUGGCAGCCUGCACGCAAACUAUACAACUAUAUGAAACCUGAGAAGGUUCCGGAGCACGAUGAUGUGAAACUUCUCUCAGUCUCUGCAGAUACUGAUAGUUUCAUGAAGCGUCUAGUUGCUGUCCUGCCCUCAGCUCUAGGUUUAGACCAGAGGAAACAAGCAGCUAAGCAAUAUGUUCAAGGGAAGAAAAAGAAAUUGAAGAUUAAGAACGUGGAGAAGUUGUCAAAAGAUUUGAAAGACCUAUUCUAUCUGUUAGCUGAUUAUGCAUUUAAGAACACGAAUGAUUUAGAUAAAGCUAUAGAGUACUAUACUCUAGAUAUAAGCUUUAAUCCUAAAAGAUAUGAUACCUGGGCUGCUCUAGCGCUAGCUCAGGCAAGUAAAAUGGAUCAGAGAUUAAACUCAUGCAAGAAAUUAAUCCCAGGCAAGAUGCUUGAAUUUAUUAACGCAGUUGAAACUUGUUUUAAGAAAUGUUUGACUUUAAAUGAAGAGAAUUCGAACCUUUGGAUAGAAUAUGGAAAUUUCUCUUACAAUGUUCAUUCCUAUAUUUCCCGAACCUUGAACAACUCAGAAGAGAUGAACAUGGAGCUGUUUGAUAAACUGGAGGCAAAGAAGGAUGAACUACUGAAGACAGCAUUGAAGAACUAUAAUAAAACCCUUGAGAUAUUUGAGGCGGACGGAAUAGAUGAGAAUGAUGUUGAUGAACGCUGGUUAAUCCACUAUAUGAUUGGAAAGAUAAAUGAGAAAUCCAACUCUCCUAUCACAAAAUCCUUGAGGUGUUACAUCACCUCUAUGGAGUGCCUGGAAAGGAACGGAUCCAUUUUACCGAAAAAAGUGAACUAUAAUAGUCCUCAACCCUUGUCUUUAGAAACCAUGGAGAUCUACUACAGGGUGCAUGCUAGUAUCCUCAAGUAUCUCGUUCCAUUCGAGAAUAAGGAAUCUGGAUUGGAUGUUAGAACCAGGUUGGAUCUGUAUGAUAUCAUGAGAACUGUUCAACUCAACAAGGUUUACAGUACUAAUGCUCAGGAGAGCAAACUGGGCAGGUUUAGCAGAAAACGAAAGAAAGUAACAAUUAAUCUAGAAGAAUCUGGGAAUAAGGUAGAACGUGUUGAUGAAACUGCAACAACUGUAAUGCGGGAUGUAUUGGAGGUGAUGGAUAAUCUGAUAGAUGACGUGGAAUACACCAACGAUGAGACUAAAUGUGAAGUCAGUAAAUUGAUCUCUCUGGCAUUAAUGGGUCUCGAGGACGUUGCAUUCCAUUUUUUCCACCAUUUUAAAGCUCUGUACAGGCUAGCUCACUACUACUUUUUCAGUACCAAGCACAAAAACCUGGGUCGGGUUCAGAAAUUGCUUCUUGCCGCAGCCACUGAGAGAAACGUACUCUGUCCAGGAUUAUUUUUCGGAAGAAAACCCAAUCAGAUCUUUAAUGAUAUCUGGAGAAUACCAAUAUCGGAGAUAGAUAGACCAGGCAGUUUUGCGUCCCAUUGCUCCAAGAUUCUAACCCUGCUCCUUGAUGUUCUCCGAAGCCUGCCUGAUCUGAACACUCUGACAGAUAUUGCUCUGCAACUCCGAAAACCUCCGACCGAGGAGAACAAGUUUGUUCAUGAGAAUGACAGGUUGGAGGUGGGUACUAUGGCCAACACCUAUCUAAUCAACACAAUCAAGCAGAUCGUUACUAAAGCUGUGACUGAAACUGAGACCAGGAGAAUAUCUUCACUCCUGGAUAUAUACAGGGUUUACCAGAAGCUAGUUAAACAAUGGCCAGGAAAGGAUAAAGAGGUUUUAUCCUUUGUUAAGGAACUGUACGGAAAGAUAAAGGGACGAAGUGAGAAGGAUAAGAUCAGUAAUGAUGAGGUUUUUAAGUUUUGUAAUCAGGAGAUGGGAAAACAAAGGUCUGGAUCGAAGAAUGCAACCUCCAGUACAGUCUGGAGCAGUUCUGGAGGAGUGCAGGCCAAUAAACCCAACCCUGCUAGCACUUCAACUAUUCCGACCACAGGGUUCCAACCUCGCACUUACAACUCCAAGCAAUCUACUCCCUCUCUGCAAUCCAGCACCCAACCUUCCAAUCCUAGCUCUAACCUACCAAGUCUAACUCCCGAAUCUCAGAAACACUUUACUGAGUAUUUAGAUAAGAUUUCAAGAUUUCAGGAGAUGGUCUUAAUGAAUAUUCCCAACAUGUCACUCAAUCAUAUCGCCUCCCUGAGUGAUCUCAAGUUUGAGGAUCAACCUCGAAACGUCAACAGUUUAUUUCAGGCGCUCCAGAAAAUGUCUCAGUCUGAUCUGAAAUCAUUAAACAUAGAUACUACCAAACUAAAUCUGAUUGCUAGAUUCGCUACUUCUAUUGGAUUAAUUCAAUCAGCUGUAAACUGUUAUGUGAGCAGGAUCAAGUCAAUCAUAAACCCUGUCCCUGUCCCUGUAGUUCAGAAGACUAAACCCAUCCUGCAACCUACUCCUGGUUCUAGUACUUCUCCAGCAAUGAACAAGGUCAACCUUGUCAAACCUCAGUUUAAACCUAAGAUGACAGAAGCGCAGAGGAACCUGAAAAACCUUCAGAUGUUGCUAAAACAGCAAGAGAACAACGCGGUCAGCGCAGCUAAAAAUAUUUUAGCCUCUAAUAGCGUGACAAUAACAAAUGCUGCGUCAAUAAAGUCUCAAGCUGGAAUGUCUGUACCAGCAGCUAAAUCAACCCCGCUACCCGUACCUAGAACCUCUUCUCCGGUAGCAAAUAAACCUCCUGUUUCACAAUCUACUAUCGGAGCCAUUAGCUCUAAUAUCUCAGAAAAGUUCAAGAAUUUACCUUCAGGUAUAACUUUAACGGUGGAAAGAAAAGAAUCUCCAGGUCCCCCGGAACAUAGUAAUACUACCAGCUCUGGGUCCCCUCCUCGUCCUGUCUACCAGACUGGGAAGACGAUGAUGAAAUCCAACUCUCCCGUACCCAGAGUACCGGAUCCAACCAUUCAAAGAGCUCAGAACUAUACUAAGAAAACUACUCAAAAGAGUAAACUGGCUCAAUUUAGAAAUCAGGUUCAAAAAUCCCUGAUUCCUGGUGCUCAAGGUACUGUUAGAGCUAGUGGAACUGUUACACAGGUCCGGACAAUGCCCCAGCAAGCUAGGGGAGGAUUUAACCCCCAGCAGAGUAGAGGGGGAAAGAUGGUUCAGGGUGGGCGAGGAGGGGGUGUCCAAGGAAAAUCUGGACUUUACGGCCAGCCUGUCAGAAAUAAUGGUUCUGGAGUUCGAGUAACCCCACCGGUGAAACCUGCUCCCAAACCAUCAUCAGAACCAGAUAUUAUCUGUAUAGAUAUAGACUAAUGGCCUUCAUUUAUCUGGAACUAUCCUCAUCAUUCAACAAAACAAUGGAUCACAAAAUAAAUAUCUUCAGAAAAAAAAACAGUUAUAAAUUAUCCUGCAUUUAUAUAUUUAUAUCAUGUAUUUUCUGUUUGCGAAACGCAUGUUUUCCUAUUUGUAUACUGAGAAUCCUUGGUGUACUCUAAAGCUGUGGACCUCUCUUAUGUAUGUACCUGAUUUCAGA